CUUUUACGCGGCGUCUCGUAAUUGUCUACUCAAUAAAGAGCCGAAACCUUCUUCAUAGCCUUUAUCCUCUCACUCUCUCUAUCAAAUUCUAUUUUUUCUCAAAAUCCUUCGAUAAUCACCGGAAUCUCUUCACGGAGGUGUCAAUCAUGGCAAAUGCGGCAUCUGGGAUGGCUGUGCACGAUGACUGCAAGCUGAAGUUCUUGGAACUGAAGUCAAAGAGGACUUACAGGUUCAUUGUCUUCAAGAUAGAGGAAAAGCAAAAGCAGGUAAUUGUCGAAAAAGUCGGCGAGCCCGCACAAAACUACGAGGACUUCACCGCCUCUCUUCCUGCCGAUGAAUGCCGAUAUGCCGUUUACGACUUUGACUUUGUGACCUCCGAGAAUUGCCAGAGAAGCAGGAUUUUCUUCAUUGCUUGGUCUCCCGACACAUCACGUGUGAGAAGCAAGAUGAUUUAUGCGAGCUCAAAGGACAGGUUCAAAAGGGAGCUCGAUGGGAUUCAAGUGGAAUUACAGGCGACCGAUCCUUCUGAAAUGGGGCUCGACGUUAUCAAGAGCCGUGCAAAUUAAGCAACUUUGGGUUAACUGUUCAAAACCACUAGUUUCUAUAGUUUGAUGGGCAGUGAUGACUAUAGUCACCAAGUACUUCACAUAUUCUGGAGCUGGGUAUGUAUUUUAUACUUUAUAUAUACUGCUGCUCUUCUUUGGUUCUCAAUGGAAUUGUUCGUGUUAAGUGAUGUUGUUUGCAAAUUUAUCUUAUUAUUUCAGAAAAAAAAUAAAAUAAAAUUCCAUCAGAUUAUCGGUUCUGCUUCUGAUUGCACAUUUUUUUUACAGCUCAAGAAGAAGAAAUAUUUGUUCUUAUAGUUCAUUUGAUUUUUUGUUAUAGUUCACUGGUAUUUGUGAGCGGAUGCUUUUUCAUCAAAUUAGAACUAUUUUUG